UGCCCUCUCCACGGCUGCCUGCCACGACCCCGAGGAUUGCUCGCCCGUCCCUGUCCCUAUCCCGAGGCUUCUCCUCCCAGAACCCCUCCCUCUUCCGCUUCGCCUGGCCGACUGCUCGUGCUCGUGCUCGUGACAGUAUGUGCUCUAUCCCUUUCUAGCCUAUUACCUGCCCCCCCCCCUUUACGAGAGUGCCCAGCGGCAGUAAUAACCACAUCACUUCGAAAUCUCAGACGCCGCUACUUUCCCUUCGGAAACACCUCCUGCUCUCCCUUCAAAGACCCCUCCUCCUCCCCCUCUCCGUCGCCGUGGUUUCCGCUACCGUUCCCGCCUCCUCCUCUUCGCCGCAGUCGUCUUCUCCGCAUCAUUGUUGUACACCGGUGGCGGUUUCGUCCAAAUCGUCGCAAUGGCGCUCGGUGUAAGGACCGACGAGGAGAGCCUCUCCGCCUUCGAGCCCCAAGAUGAGUUCGCCAAGGAGGUAGACGAGUUCAUCCGCAACCACCCUAUCGCGGUGUCGCUGCGCGAAAACCCUGCUUUCACCGAAUCCCGCCCACACCUGAAGAUUCCGAAUGGGAUGCGCGAGCGAACUCUCACGGCGGGCACCCUCGCCGGACCGGAUAAGAUCGUGGCCCCGCCCCUGGUGUUCUGCGAGGAGGGCGGCAAGAGCCUGGUCUCGAUUUUCUAUCUCGGCCCGAGUCUCUGCGGCCACCCCGGGAUCGUGCACGGCGGGUUGCUGGCGACGCUACUGGAUGAAGCCAUGGGUCGGUGCUGCUUCCCCGCCUUGCCCAACAAGGUGGGCGUGACCGCCAACCUGAACCUAGAUUACCGUCGGCCCGCCAUGGCGGGCAACUAUGCCGUUCUGCGGGCGGAGACGGUCAAGGUGGAAGGUCGCAAGGCCUGGGUUGAGGGUCGCAUUGAGACUCUGCCCGAGGAGGGCAAGGAGCCCGCGGUCUUGGUAGAGGCCAAUGCCCUGUUUAUUGAGCCGAAGCUGGCAUCGACGAUCCUACCUCUUUACAACAUCGCGCAAUAGAUCUGUUUUCUUUUGAUCCGGUUAACCUGCGAUAUAUUGAAUCGGAACCUCCCGAUUUUUCCAACGGGCGUAUAGACGAACGGAAUGCCAUACCUACACCAACAUUGUGUUUUAUAUAGAGUAUAGUGGUUUGAUAUUUCCAGUUUUUUUUUUUUUUUUUU